UGUUGACUGGGCCUGACAGGUCUGACGUGGAACAGCGGUCAGUUCCUCGCCGACUAUGAGCGACGAAAGCCAUGCCAGUUACGAACGCAUGCGUUGUGUUCUCGGUGGCUCUGUCGUUUCUUGCCUUACUGCCGUCGCUGUCUCUACAGGCUCGUGCGCAGAUUUUGGACUAUGGCUUUUCUGAUCGAUACGAAACAACAGCCGCGAAUGGCCCAUCAGGUCGUUCCAAGUGGAGCGGCAACACUGAUCUUUCCGGACCACCGGGUCAUAAUAAAUGGGGGGGUGGUGGUAAAGGGCCACCAGGUGGUCGCGGUCCUCCCGGAUUAGGGGGCGGCGGUCCUCCAGGAUUGAAUGGUAAACGUCCUCCGGGCUGGAACAAAGUGGACAUCGAAAAUUCGUCCGAAGGUGAAAACUAUCCACGUCCAAAUAAUGAUGAAAAUUAUUCACAUCCAAAUAGUGGUGAAAACUAUCCACGUCCAAAUAACAAUAAAAACCAUCCACGUCCAAAUAACAAUAAAAACCAUUCACGUCCAAAUAAUGGUGAAAAUUAUCCACGUCCAAAUAAUGAUGAAAACUAUCCACGUCCAAAUAACGAUGAAAAUUAUUCACGUCCAAAUAACAAUGUAAACCAUCCACGUCCAAAUAACAAUGAAAAUUAUCCACGUCCAAAUAAUGGUGACAACUAUCCACGUCCAAAUAAUGAUGAAAACUAUUCACGUCCAAGUAACAAUGAAAACUAUCCACGUCCAAAUAACGAUGAAAAUUAUUCACGUCCAAGUAAAAACGAAAACCCUUCACGUCCAAAUAACAAUGAAAAUUAUCCACGUCCAAAUAACGAGGAAAACUAUUCACGUCCAAGUAACAAUGAAAACUAUCCACGUCCAAAUAACGAUGAAAAUUAUCCAAGUUCAAAUAACGGUGGAUCCAUUCAAAGACCUUCUCCUGAUUACAAUAGAGAGGGCCCCCAUGGUCCAGGCGAUCGCAUAUCCGAUCAGAAUGAAUAUCCACAGAAUCGACAGUGCAGAGACGACGAAUUUCAUUGUGGAAGUAACGAGUGCCUACCGCGAAGGGUUAAGUGUGAUAAUAAAAAUGAUUGUCGUGAUUCCAGCGAUGAAGAAUUUUGUAUGACGAACAGAAAUAAUGAUGACAGCUGUGUUCUACCUGAACAACCAGAAGGUGGGCAUUACGAAUUGGGUGGUUGUGAUGAACGUUGCGAUAAACGUCCUGGUGAUACAGUUCCUAAAAACAGCUUCCUCAAUUAUACCUGUAAGAGCAAUUACAUGUUGAAAGGAAACACCAUUUCCGUUUGUGUCGACAAUCGGUGGUAUCAGCCGCCUUCAUGCAAUAAAAUCUGUUCACCGUUGAACAGUACCAGCGUAGACAUUUCCUGCAGCCACCACGGGAAAACGGUGUCCUGUAGCGAGCGUAUACUGCCUGGUACGCAGGCUACACUCGCCUGUAAAUCAUCUUAUAAAUUACCUUUAACGAACGAUCCAGCUUACAGAGAGAUCACGUGUCUCGACGAUGGUUUAUGGGAUCGUCGCCUUUUUCGCUGUCUACCAGAAUGCGGAACGUCCAUCGCGCACGGCAACACGUUAAUCGUAAAUGGAUUCACAGCCAGAACAGGGAUAUUUCCAUGGCACGUGGGUAUUUACGCUAAGGAGAAUACGGACGGGUACCAGCAGAUAUGUGGCGGCACUUUAAUUAACAACAAUCUCGUCGUAUCAGCUGCCCAUUGUUUCUACGAUGAGGUUUACAACAAACUGUACAACGAAUCGGGAUAUGCUGUGGCCGCCGGAAAGCAUUAUCGUGAUUGGAGCGCCAGAGAAAAAUACGCGCAGAAAUCGUUGGUGGAGAGCAUCCUAGCGAGCGGCAGGUACCAGGGAGCGAGAGGUAAUUUCGCCAACGACAUAGCUGUAUUAAAGUUGAAGACGCCCUUCGAGCUGACUACCUUAGUGAGACCCGCUUGCGUAGAUUGGGACAACACGUACGAGAGGGAGCAGCUGCAAGUGGGACACAGUGGCAAGGUGGUCGGCUGGGGCAAAGACAUCAAAGGCGAAUCCACCCAGAACUUACACGAAAUUGACAUGCCGUUCGUGCCGUAUGAUCAGUGUUUGUCCGCGGUUCCUCGAGAUUUUCGAGGAUAUCUCACGUCCGACAAAUUCUGCGCCGGCCACUUGAACGGCUCGAGUGUCUGCGACGGAGAUAGCGGCGGCGGCUUGUGCUUCGAGAAGGAUGGCGUUUGGUAUCUUCGCGGCAUUGUGAGUGUAAGCCCAGAGAACAAAGGCACUUGCGAUUACAACUCGUACGUUGGAUUUACCUCCAUCAGUCAUUUCCGUGAUUGGAUUCGCGAGGCCUACGUAAACGCGUAAAUGUUUCGUGGGAUAUGUGAUAUUGUGCCAACCCGUGAAAUAUAUCGCCAUAUCAUCGAGCCUGUAACGCUAGACAGUUCGAUGUGACGUCGAAAACAAGAUAACUGCAACAAAGCAUUAUUGACGAUUAUAAAUCUUCUUCACAAUUUUUUUAGCAUCGAGUGGCAAAAACGUGAAAAUGGAAGAAUAGAGAUUUAAAGAUUUGCGCGAUAUAAAACUGUUGAAAACGCAAUAUUAUCUCUGAGAGACGCGUUGUCGAAUAUGAUUUAUAAAAAGUUUCAAAAAUCUGUACCGUGUACGAUACUCUUUUAUUAUAAUAAAACUCUUUAAUUAUACUACACACUUGUGACGUACGUUUAGGAAUCAACAAGGAAGUCAUUAUGCCUGAUCGUUUCUGCGUCGCUGCAUAAUUACCCCCACUUGAAUUUUCCACGGUCAUGUAGAUAAGUAUCUUCGUGCACAAAGUGACGCAAUAUGAAAUCGACUGUGUUUUCAUAUGAGUAAUAAUCUUGUUGCUAUAAUCGUGACGAUUACCGCGCUAUCAUAUAUAUAUGUAUGUAUAUUUUCACAUGUGUUGGACAUUUUUUAAUAUCAGUACACGAACGCGCAGAUCGAGUCGUAUCGAAAUGCAAUUGAAUGACGAGCGCCGUGACGGACGUCCUGCAGGACGGCUUUAUCUGACAGAAAUCUAAAUUAGUAACGCGUCGUUUUAUUUACAGCGGCGUCGCGUCAUCCGUAACGCAAAGCACGGUGUCGUCGAGGAUUUCUUUUGUUUUUUUUGUUAUACCGGUGCGUCGGCGUCGGGUCCCCCGCAGGAAUUUCCUAGCGGUAUCGAGAUUAUCUUCGACGGGUAUCGAUACCCACAUGGACUUUGUUUUGCGAGCUUACUGUCUCCUCGAUAAAUUGAGUUCCGGAGUUUGAUGACGCAUCGGUCGUAGUCGGAGCUAUUUGAGCUUCGUAUUUCCCACAAAUUCAACGCGAUCACGUUCCUAUGGUGAUUAUGCUUAGCGAACGCACGGUAGAUAAUUAAUAUCGCGCCCCUUAUUGUCGUUGGAAAUAAUAAUUUCGUGCGAACGUGUGUAUACGUAUAUAUGUAUGUAUGUGUAUAUGAACGAGUAGUUGAAUAUUUCAGAAUAUCCUGCGGAAUGCACGUAGUACGUGUGAUUGUUCCAGUAAGGAAGCGUGUGUAUAUCUUGCGAGUUUCACAAUAUAGACGACAUACCUAACUCAUUAGCUAUUAAUUAUUUAAUUAGAAACUACCGUAUCUUAGAGCGCAUAAUAUGUACCGCGCGGAUAUAUGUAUUCAGCGGUGUCAGGUACACAGGCGUAUGCAUGCUUUUGUAUCUGGGAACCCGCGUUUGCUCUCUGCAAGAUUCAUACAUUAACAGGAUGUGUUCGUUUGCUCAUUGGUAAACCGUAGUAUGAUCAUUACACUAAGGUUGUAGGUGGAUAACCAGAACGCGAACAUGCGGAUCAACUCGAUAAAGCUCGAUCAAUACGGCAAGGAAAUCUAGUUUGAAACAAAGCCAUUUUCGAGCUUGCGAAAACGAGAGAUCCGAUACAAACGGGACUUGGAAAAUUACACCAGGGCGCGCCUUCGAAGUUAUAAAUUUGCAAUAAACAUUUCGUUAGUUUUAUUCUAGAGAGAAAUCAAUUUGUAUAUUUUGAUACGUGUCAGCCACGUGUGUUUGUUAAUAAAAUCAUUUUGAUUGAAA